UACAUUUUGACCGACCCCCUCCCCCCAAAAAACGUUGUUUUCUGAAAUAAGUUAUCUACCAUGGCGUGCGCAGCUACUUUGAAGCGUUCAAUGGAGUUUGAGGCCCUUCACAGCCCUCAAUCUCCAAAACGGCGAAGGUGCAGCAAUCUGCCAGGGACUCCGGUCGCCCCGUCCCCAAAGCGAUGCAACCAGCUGUCUGCUACAGGUGACAGUACGAUGUCACCCCAAUCAACUUGUGGAGGGGAACACAGGCUCACCCCAGAGCAGAUUGUCCAGAAUCUUAGGCAAGAAUACAGCCGCUAUCAGAGGAGGCGGCAGCUUGAGGGGGCCUUCAACCAGAGCCAGUCCCAGAGUCUAAGUGAUGGCCCAGGCCAAAGCCCUGGCUUCAUGGCACCAAGCGCCCAACCAGGGUCUUCUGUGAAGAGGGACCAGCCCUGUUUCACACUGCACCAGGUUGGCUCUCUGUGUGAACGGAUUCUCAAGGACCAUGACGAGAACAUCCGUGAAGAGUAUGAGCAAAUCCUAAACACUAAACUGGCAGAACAAUAUGAAUCGUUUGUGAAGUUCACACAUGACCAGAUCAUGAGACAAUAUGGCGCCAGACCCUCCAGCUAUGUCUCAUGAACUAUCUUAAAUAGGAAGUUACCUGCUCUCACGUCUAGACUGCUGCUCGCCUGUCUCCA